AUGUUUGGAGACGUAGCGCAGCCGGAAGAGUACCAGACAGUGGAGUUCACUGUCUACAAAAGUGCAAAAGUCAUGAGCCCUCCAGACAUGCCAGAUUAUAUGCUUGACUACACGAUAGCCAAAGCGCAAGAGCUUUUGGAGAGUGACAACGGCUCGAAUGCGCAAGAGGUUGCUACGGCACUAAAGAGGGAUCUGGACGAGAAGUGGCAACCAUGCUGGUACGCCAUAUGA